UAAGCACCCUCUAAUCUAGAGAGAGAAACAUUAAUGUAAUAAAAACAAAUUUGAGAGAGAAUAAAAAGAAAAGCAAAGAAACAAUAUUGGAAGAAGAACAAGAAGAAAAGAAUGAAAGGAAGAAGUGAUAUCCAUCAUUCAAUUGCAUGUGCUUCUCCUUCAAUCCCCAUAAUAUUUCCCCCUUUCUCUCCUCUCCUCCAUUAAUCAAAUCCCUCCCCUCUCUCCCCAAUUCCAACUUAAUCAACUUCACUUUCUAGGGUUCUUAAUUUCCUUUUCAUCAUCACUUAACCAAAAAAGCUCAUCACAUCACAUUCAUAUUAUAUACACACAUAUACCCAUAAUACCCAUUUAUGCACUCAUUAGAAUUAUGCAUAUUUUUGUGUGAGAGAGGGAUAGGAAAGUAAAAGAAAGAAUCUUUUUUCACUUUUCUUUUGAAUUUAUCAGAAGAAGAAGAAUGAAAAGACUCAAUCUUUUUCUCUUUUUCUGAUUCAAUUUGGCUUCUUUUUUGACUUGGAAUACAAAAAAAAGUUUGAAAAUCACUCCUCACUGGAUUUAUACAAGGAAAAGAGGAGUUGGGUAUUGGUGAUGCUUAUGUAAAGAUUGAAAAUUUGUUUGAAAGAUGAUGGCUAUGGAGAAAGAUUUUGAUUCAAAGCUUAGGAUUCAAAGCAGCAAUAACUCUUCAGCAUCUUCUUCACCAUCCUCUUCUGUUUCUUCUAAUAAUAAGAACAUCGCUAAUGUGCAGAGAUCUAAAAGCUUUGCAUUCAGAGCUCCCCAAGAAAAUUUUAGUAUUCAAGAUUUUGAGCUUGGCAAGAUCUAUGGCGUUGGUUCUUAUUCUAAGGUAGUCAGAGCAAAGAAGAAGGAUAAUGGAAUGGUUUAUGCCUUGAAAAUCAUGGACAAAAAGUUCAUCACAAAAGAAAAUAAAACAGCUUACGUGAAGUUGGAACGCAUUGUUCUUGAUCAAUUGGAUCAUCCUGGAAUUGUUAGGCUAUUUUUUACUUUUCAAGAUUCUUUUUCUCUUUACAUGGCACUUGAAUCGUGUGAAGGUGGAGAGCUUUUUGACCAAAUAACCAGAAAAGGCCGUUUAUCAGAAACUGAAGCUCGCUUCUAUGCGGCAGAAGUAGUGGAUGCUCUUGAAUACAUACAUGGCAUGGGGUUAAUACAUCGAGAUAUCAAGCCGGAGAACUUGCUGCUUACAGCAGAUGGACAUAUUAAAGUUGCUGAUUUUGGGAGUGUGAAGCCAAUGCAGGAUAGCCGCAUCACUGUCCUUCCAAAUGCAACCUCAGAUGAUAAGGCUUGCACAUUCGUGGGCACAGCCGCAUAUGUCCCUCCAGAAGUCCUCAACUCUUCUCCUGCAACAUUCGGAAAUGACCUCUGGGCACUUGGCUGCACCUUGUACCAGAUGCUUUCCGGAACUUCUCCUUUCAAAGAUGCCAGUGAAUGGCUAAUAUUUCAAAGAAUUAUAGCCCGGGAUAUUAGAUUUCCCAACUAUUUUUCAGAAGAAGCUAGAGAUCUAAUUGAUAGGUUAUUGGAUUUAGAGCCCCGCAGAAGACCAGGUGCCGGACUUGAGGGCUACGCUGCACUAAAAAUCCAUCCGUUCUUCAAGGGAACUAACUGGACAAAUCUAAGAGACCAGACUCCUCCAAAACUCGCUUUGGAGGCCCAGUCUGGCGAUAGUGAGCAUGAUGCUGAUUCUUCAUGGAAUCCGACACAUAUUGGGGAUGGUUCAGCAAGACAAAGUGAUGGCAAUCUUGGAGCUUCAUCAUCUGGUUCUAUUACUAGACUUGCUUCAAUAGACUCUUUUGAUUCCAAAUGGCAACAGUUUUUGGAUCCAGGGGAAUCGGUUCUUAUGAUCUCAAUGGUGAAAAAAUUACAGAAAAUAACAAGCAAAAAAGUGCAGCUGAUUCUCACUAACAAGCCAAAAUUGAUAUAUGUUGAUCCAUCGAAAUUAGUGGUAAAAGGCAACAUAAUUUGGUCUGACAAUUCCAAUGACCUGAGUGUACAGGUUUCAAGUCCAUCACAUUUCAAGAUUUGUACGCCGAAGAAGGUAAUGUCAUUUGAGGAUGCAAAACAAAGGGCUUGGCAAUGGAAAAAGGCAAUUGAGAGUCUUCAAAAUCCGUGAAAACUUAUCUGUGACUUUUACGUUCAUUCUUUGGUGUUAUGAUAUUGUAGAGCAAUUCAGGAUUCUUAAUGCUGUUGAUAUCCCAGAGGAUUAUUUAUUAUCCGGAAAGAGGCUGAAGUUGCAGAUUUUACAUCAGUCGGCUGCUCCCUCUAGCUCUCGAUCGCGGUUGGUUAGAACUGAAGCUUCGAUGAGGGUUUUAUUGUCCAUUUUAAAGCUUUGUAUGAUUAAUUUGUUUGAACCUGAUUUGCAGGGUUUGUAGGGGGGUAUGGUUCGGAACUCGUUUACUGUAUUUAAAGUUACACGCCAUCAAUGAAAAUUUAUAUUCACGAAA